AAUGGAACCACUCCCUGUUGACUUUAACAAGACCAAAACCCCACAAAGCAACAGAAAAAAGUAUUCUUAGUCUUUGAUAAAAUCCCUUUAGAUACAAACAAAAACAAAGCAGACACAGCUAUCACACACCGAGAACGAAAAACGAAAGGAAGAAACUAGAAAAACAAGAAAUAAAGAAAUGGACAUCACCGCCACUUCAAAACAAUUGCACCUCCCACUGCUCAUUCUUUCACUCCAAAACCCCUUCGGAACACGCCGCCACUAAACCCGCCACCACCCUUCACCACCUCACAAAACAACACACACACACCCACACGUUUCAUAUUUUAUAUAAUAUUAAUAAUUUUUAUGUAUACACACGUAACUAUACGAGUAUAGUAUACGGUAUACGCGCCAAAAAUGGGUUGCACGGCGUCCAAACUGGACAACGAGGAAACUGUGAAGCGCUGCAAGGACCGCCGUCGUCUAAUCAAAGACGCCGUCUUCGCGCGCCACCACCUCGCGGCGGCGCACUCCGACUACUGCCACUGCCUCCGCCUCACCGGCUCCGCACUCUACACUUUCGCCGCCGGCGAGCCCCUCGCCGUCGCCGACGAGACCCCCGCCGUCCUCCUCCGCACACCACCGCCACAUCCUCAUCCUCAUCCUCAACCUCCUCCUCCUUCCGCCGACGUCACAAGCCCCAAACUCCCUCGCAUCGUAACCUCCGCCACCGCGAACCGCCGCAAACCGCCGCCGAAGCUCCCUCACAUACUCUCCGAUUCAAGCCUUUGCUCCUCGCCGCGAAGCCAAUACUCGAAUUUCUUUGGAACCGCACAACAACCACCGCAUCCUCUUCCUCUCGCCGCCACGCGCCACCGCAAGCCGCCGCCGAAGCUCCCUCACAUACUCUCCGAAUCGAGCCUCUGCUCCUCGCCGCGGAGCGAGUACUCGAAUUUCUUCGCCACCGCGCAACAAGCUCAAGCCACGCCUACUUCGCAAGCCUCUUCGGUUUGGAAUUGGGAGAAUUUCCAUCCUCCUCCGUCUCCUCCAGGCUCCGAUUACUUCCGUCAACAAAAACAAAAUCACAAAUCGAAAACACCUAAUUUCGAAACAUCAGAAUCCGAAUCCGAAUCUACCUACAACAUGUUCCACUCGAGGCCUCAACGUAAUCUCAAAACCGAAAACGCAAACGUUGAUUCGCAACAAAGAGAAGAGGUUACGGAAUCGGAAUACGAAUACUUACAUGAACCGGUUCAGCCGGAGCGCGAGGAGGUUGAGUGCAGCGAGUGGGAGGACCGUUACACUUCCUCGAGUUCGUCGGAGCCGGAGGAAGGAGUGACCGGAUUUGGUUCAGCGGCGAGGGCGGAGAGUGUCGCCGGCGGCGGUGCUCCGGCGGCGAAGGAUGAAAAAAAAGGUGAUGAUGCGACGGAGGCGAAUGUGGCGGUGAGGCAUAGGGAUUUGAAGGAGAUUGUUGAAGCGGUUAGGGAUAACUUUGAGAAAGCUGCGGUUGCCGGAGACCAGUUAUCGGAGAUGCUCGAGGUUAACAGAGCGCACCUUGAUCGGAGUUUCAAGCAAUUGAGGAAAACACUUUACCACUCAAAUAGUAUACUGAGCAACCUCAGCUCGAGUUGGACUUCUAAACCGCCGUUGGUGGUUAAGUACCGGUUCGAUGCCGGUUCGUUGAAUGGACCGGGCGGUUCGAAGAGUCUCUGCUCCACUUUGGAACGGCUCUUAGCUUGGGAGAAGAAGCUGUAUCAAGAAGUGAAGGCUAGAGAAGGUGUGAAGAUUGAGCAUGAAAAGAAAUUAUCAGCCCUGCAGAGUCAAGAGUGCAAGGGGGGUGAUGAAGCAAAGCUAGAUAAAACCAAGGCUUCCAUAACAAGGUUGCAGUCAUUAAUUGUUGUCACAUCUCAGGCUGUGUCUACCACCUCACAUGCCAUUAAUGGUCUUAGGGACACUGAACUUGUUCCUCAGCUUGUUGAGCUCUGUCACAGAAUCAUGCACAUGUGGAGGUCAAUGCACCAGUACCAUGAAAUUCAAAGCAACAUUGUGCAGCAAGUUCGUGGCCUUGUGAACCAAUCAUGCAAGGGUCACUCAACAUCUGAAUUGCACAAGCAGGCAACUCGGGAUCUUGAGUCAGCUGUGUCAGCAUGGCACUCCAGUUUCUGCCGCCUCAUAAAAUUCCAACGUGACUUCAUCCUGUCUCUACAUGGAUGGCUCAAGUUGAACCUUAUUCCAGUCAACAAUGAAAACAACAACAACAAAAGUGAACCAUCUGAUGUGUUCUCUUUCUGUGAUGAAUGGAAACUUGCUCUUGACCGUGUUCCGGACACGGUUGCUUCUGAGGCAAUCAAAAGCUUCAUCAAUGUUGUCCAUGUGAUAUCCGUGAAGCAAUCUGAAGAGCUCAAGAUUAAGAAGAGAACCGAGACUGCUUCCAAGGAACUUGAGAAAAGAACUUCAUCUAUAAGAAGCAUAGAAAGGAAGUUCUAUAACUCAUAUUCUAUGGUAGAUAUUACUCCUCCUCAUCAUGAGUCUUAUAAUAAUGGACAAGGCUUGGAUGCAAGAGACCCUCUUGCUGAGAAAAAAGUGGAACUAGCAGCUUGCCAAAGGCGCGUUGAAGAUGAAAUGGUGAGGCAUUCAAAGGCUGUUGAGGUGACUAGAGCCAUGACACUCAACAAUCUACAGACAGGCUUGCCUGGAGUGUUCCAUGCUUUGACCAGUUUUUCUUCAUUGUUCACCGAGGCUCUUGAGUCGGUAUGUAGCCAUUCAUGUGCCGUCAAGUAGGUCAUUCAUUUGUUUUGUAAUCUAGAUUUGAAUCUAACUUAAUCUUACAAAAUUAACUUGUUAAUUAGGUGAUGUUGUUCUUCAGGUAUAUACACUAUUUUGAUCAUGAGAAAUAUUAGCGAGACUCCCUCUAAUAAACUUUUACUAAUACUCUCUCUACUAUUUGUUAAAAAUGACAAAUUUUGAUAGAUUUUGUUACUAAAUCAAGAGACAAACUCAUUAAAUGAGAUACGAGACUUACAAAAUUUGUAACUUCUAAAAAAUUUCAACAAAUAAUAGAGCAUGAAUAAAUGAGUAUUAGAGAGUGUU